GAUCUCUGUGUGGAUGGUGUGUGUCUGUGAAGUCAUGCGUGUGCAUGGGUGGGUGUAACCCUGGACGGUCUCUUUGUUGGAGCUGUCAGCUGUGUGAUGAGUCGCUGCUGUGAGAAGAGCUACAGGAAUACGGGUGGAGCUGUUUUGUGAGUUUACUUUCUCACCGCCCUAUUUCCUCGUUCCUCACAUGUCAGUCCUGACUCGACGGACACCAGGGAGAAAGAAAAACCCUAGUGCCCAAUGUCGGUACUUGGUUCUGCAACACACGGACAGUGGGACCUGCUUUAAAACUGUGACUUUUGUGAGUAAAUUUGAGAAUAUGGGAAUUAUUUCUGUUUUGAGCGGUUUGGAAUCGUACGUAAAUCUGUAACACAGAAUUAAAGGAUGUCUAUUUCCUAAUCGGGACAUAUUUUAGGGGUAACUAACGUUACAUUAGUUAAUAUUCAAAACAGCUGUUGAAACACCAGCAUGCAAACUGCACCGGCUUUUUAUUCAUCUCCACGCGCCGCGCGUCAGGGCGAGUGGCUGCGCAGCGCUCUAGCCCACCACCAUUGCCCCGACCCCGGUGUGGAGAAUGAGAUUGUAGUCCUGGCCACGGGAAUAGACCAGUACCUACAGGAAGUCUUUCACCACCUGGCUUACUCUAACCGUGACGACGUGGUAUCAGCAGAAGACUUUGCGGUGCUUUGCACGGUGUUGGGGCUCGCCAGAGCAAGUGAGGAGAGGGGGGUACUGGACGCAGAAAAAGAGGGAGAUGAAGGUCAAGGUGUGUGCGUCGGGCUUUCCAGCGAGCUGUCGUUUAAGGACUUCCAUUCACGGCUUUGCGGGUAUUUUCGCGUCCAUGCAUUACAAAAUGGAACCUUGCGCCUUCCCGUUACCGCGGAAACCGAGCACGUGGAGCGUCAGAUACGAGUUCGGUGGCCGAGGGUCAGACGGAGAAAGUGUGUCAGCUUUGACCUCAGAAGAGAACAGACCGGUAGGAGACCUAUACACGCUUCCCAUGGGAUGAAGUCCCGUGGAGAUGGGAGCUCUGAGAAAGGUCCUGAGCAGCAGUUUGACAGUGAGGCUGCAGCUCUGAGGGAGCUGGUGGAGGACCUGCGGUGCGCUCUGCAGGGGAGCGAUGCCCGCUGCCUGGCACUGGAGGUGGCACUGCGACGGGGGAGGGGGCACGGUGCCCUCACAGAUCAAGCUAACGAGUCAUUGUCAAAUACACUCAGUGACUCCAGUUCAAACACAUCCACAUCCUCUCAAGUGGCUAGCCCUGAGGGCCAGAAGGGGGCUAUGGGGGCCUCGAAGCCCCAGAGCAGAGGCUGUGGGGAAGGGAUGUGUGCAAAAGGGGCAUCAGACAAAUGGGACCCUCGGGACCUUCUCCUCAGGGAGCUCAAGCUGAUUCGCUCUUCACGUGACGGACAGGUAGAGGAGGCAAUCAGGUUCAAUCAGCGCCUGGAGGAAGAGCUUAGCUGGGCCUAUCAGGAGGCUCGAAGACUGGGCGGGGUGGAGUCUCGGCUGCGGAAGGAGAACGCUGAGAUAAGGAGGCGGGCCGAGGAGGCGAGGGAAGCUCUUAGAUUGGGCCUACAGCGAGUCCGUCUGAUUCAGGAACAGGCCCAUAAGGUCCCAACAUUACAGAGCAGAAUCGCACAACUAGAGUCCCAGCUUCAGGAAUACAGAUCAGACUGCACUUGCAGAGACAACCCCCUCCCCCGGCCCCUCUACCCUAUCGAGCAGGACACCUGCCUCAGGACCAGCGAGGGUCUUCAGCGAGCUGUGGAGGGGAAGGCGUCUUCUGAUGAGGAAGAGGAGGAGAAGACGGAAGAGGGACUUUGCUGCCUGACAGAGGUGAAGAAGCUCAUCAACAGACUGCACAGCACUGCUGAACGAUGUCCUAACCCUACAGUCCACCACUUCCUCCUCUCCCACAACCUCCUCCAUGACAACGACCUUGUCACCUCCCCCAGGGAUGGCAAGGGGCGGGGCCGCAAGGAACUCUGCCCUGCUGAGGAGAGGGGGAAUGAACUGCAGAAAAGGAGUGAGGAGGUGGUGGGAUUGAGGCUGGAGGUGCAAUUGGUGGAGACAGAGAGGGUACGGCUGGCUCUGCUGGAGGAGAAACUAACAGACGCACUCGCACUCCUGCUGAAGCUACGCAAAAAGAAUGUGUCACGUAGAGCCCUGGGGAAGAUUCUGAUGGACACUCUGGACAUGUACAGUGGAAGUGGUCAGGGCCCCUCCCAGGUGCUGCAGGUGGCUGAUGCCCUCUGUACCCAGCUGUCCAAAGAGCUGCCUGGAGAGGAGGGAGGAUGGGGAGGGGGGAAGGAGGGAGGAGGAGGACGUAGUGGUCUGAGUGGAGAUGACAGACAGGCACAAGACUCUUUGUCCUACAGUCACAGUCAGCAGAGCUCCAGUGCUAACCCCCUGCUUAUCUCCUGCUGAGCUCAAAUCACCCUAGGACAACCUUCACCUUCCCCAAGGCUGUCCUCCAUAACCCCUGACUCCAGCACUGUCCAACUGUUUUUGUGUGUGUUUUCUUUACACAUUUUACCACAUAGACCUGUGCAAUUGUAUGUUUUGGUUUCGUAGUUAAAUCACAUUUUUUAAUCCUAUGUUUUACUCUGUAUGCCUACUAAAUUAUUCUGCACAUAUUAAAUCAGUCAGUAUUUCAUGAGGAAUAUAUUUUACCUUAUAACUAUCAAAUAACAUGAAACUGUUGAAGUAUUACCAUUCAGAUUGCUUUAUUGGAUUUUGGGGGAGAUACAUAUCAUAUCAUAUUGUCAGCUGGGGCCAGUUGUUUCAUAAAGUACACUCAGGGUCAUUUUAAAUACAGAGUGAAUGCUG